AACGAAAUAAAAAUAAACAAAAAAAAUCACUAAGUUUAUCACUCUUAUCGUAACUUAUCGUGUCUAAUUAACAUGAAAAAAUAUAAUAUAUGAAAAUAAAUACUCACUGCAAUAGUUAACAAGACAGUUGAGGGUUGACGUGGUUUAAUAAAAUCGUUACAAUAUUUCCUUGUUUUUAUAAGCAAUAUGAAGGAUACUAAAAUGAGUUCCCAUCUAUCGGGGGGCAGAUUAAACGUAGCUUUAGUCCAAGAGACCAUGAGAAAGGAUUUAUUAAACCUUCUUCAGAUGUGUGAGGGUCCAAAAAUAACUAUUUGGGAUGAGUGGCUAGCGGGUCCUGUAGGUCUCGUAGCGCAGUAUUCCUUGCUCAAAGAACAUGAAGUUGCUGAUAUGUUUUUGUUGAAGCCAGGAAGCCUGCCCACUAUUUCUGUGAAACACAUAGUUUUCAUCGCUAGAGCUAAGCUAGCAUUGAUGGACUUGGUUGCUGAUUAUAUUAAUUCGCUCAGAUCUAAGCAAACCUACCCAGUAGAGUUCCACCUGUUCUUCGUACCACGGAGAAGUGAGCUCUGUGAGAAGCACCUUGCGAACCGCGGAGUCCUGGCCAACCUCACCAUACAGGAGUUCAAGUGUGACAUCUUCCCGUUCGACAGUGAUGUCAUGUCUUUGGAGCUGCAGAAUGAUUUCAGGGAGAAUUAUUUGGAAGGCGAUCCAACUUGCGCGUACCAAUCUGCGCUCGCAUUACGCACAAUACAACAUCUGUACGGCAUCAUACCGCGCGUGUUUGGAAAAGGGGUCGCUGCUAAACAAGUAUGGGACCUGCUAUGUCGGCUGAACAAGGAAGAGCAGGGCGCUUCAAAGGGAGCCUCUACAUCUUGUAUAGACCAGCUGCUGUUGCUCGACCGCGCUGUGGACUUCACCAGCGUCAUGACCACGCAGCUUACAUACGAGGGACUUAUAGAUGAGCUAUUUGGCAUCAAAGGCUCAACGGCGACAUUCCCCGCGCACAAGUUCAUGAGUACCGAAGAGGCGAGCACCACCGAAAUUAAGGCGGGGGAGAAAAAACGGAUCAUUCUCAAUUCGGGAGAGGAACUGUUUGCUGAGCUACGGGACUGUAACUUUAUUGCGGUCGGCGCAGCGAUAUCGAAGAAAGCGCGCAUAAUAAAAAACGAGCUGGACGAACGGCACCGCCACCACGAGAAGUCAGUCCAGGAGAUUAAGCAUUUCGUCAACCGCCUGCCGCAGAUGCUGGCUACCAAGCAGUCGGUGUUCACUCACACGGCCAUCGCGGAGUGUAUCAAGGAGACCACAGACUCAUUCGAAUUUCAAGACACGAUACGGUGUGAGGAAGAUUUCCUGAACUGUAUUGAGAACGAGAAAGCGUGUCCCUACAUAGAAGACCUCAUCGCUCAGAAAGCACCUCUCACUAAGGUCCUUCGCCUGAUCUCCCUCCAAUGCGUGACCGGCUCCGGCCUCAAGCCAAAAGUACUGGAAUAUUAUAAAAGAGAGCUAGUCCAAGUGUAUGGUCUGAUGGCGUGGCUCACUCUCUGCAACCUGGAGAAGUGUGGCCUAUUGAAGGCACAGUCGGGCGCGAGGCAGUACGCAGUGUUGAGGAAGACGCUACACCUGACCAUGGACGAGUCAGAGCUGGACAGCAAGGACAAGAGCUACCUGUCAAGCAAAUAUACACCUUUAACCGUACGACUUAGCGAGCAUAUUACCAAAAACAAGGGAUGGACUGGAAUCCAGGACAUGCUAGGGCUCCUCCCAGGCGCCACAAUAGACGAGCUCCAAACCCUACAACCACGCAGUGCGCGCCGCAACUCCACCUCAAGCGAAACUUCCUCCUCCCUGGAGAGUCCCCGAGUGGUCCUGGUAUUCUUCAUUGGGGGAUGCACGUAUCAUGAGAUAUCGGCGCUUAGAACUAUUAGCCAGAUGGAGGAUUCCAAUGUAGAGUUUGUGGUGUUGACUACGAAGCUGAUCAAUGGUACUUCUUUUAUAGAGUCGCUUAUGGAGGUGGAGUAACUAGACAAUGGCGUAAUGCUUGUUGUAAGGUGUUUCCGGGUAAUUUCGAAAAUAAAAUAAUAUGAUAUGGAAUUAAGUGAUUUUGGGGAAUCUCCCACGCAACAUUCUGAAUUACCCAAAUACACCUUAAUUAUUAUGUCUAUUAUUUAAAUAUUAAAAUAAAUAUAAGGCAAUGCCAUAAGUCACCAUUUAUUACGGCUACUGGCAAAUUAUUGUGUACCUAUGGCAUACUAAUCAAUAAUUAUAGCGAGUGUAUCAGUAGUUUCACUCAGGGGUCGAAAACCGGUAUUUUCUUCAUAGAAAAAUACCGGUAUUAUUAAGUUCUUUUUCGUUCUUUGGUUUAUUAUUUCGUUUUUAAUUAGACAAUCCUAUAACACAAAGUCGUUACAUAAAUACAUGAUUCAGUCUUACGUAAAGAGCAUAAAAUAAUUCAAAUUAUUGGUAAAUUUCGGGGUUUUUUUUAAAUACCGGUUCCGAGCCUGCUAAAAUGUGAAUUUUAAAGAAUGGCAUGUAUGUAU